AUCUUUGAUGUAUGGAAGGGAAGGGGGAUAGAGAAAAGUAUGAGAAGAUUGGAAAGGUAGGAGGAAGGCAGCUUUUGAAGGCAUUUGCAAUGCCAACAGAACAUUUUCUAUUAGAUCCUGGAAGUUAUAGGCAGCUAUGGGAAUUGAUUGAAAAGGGAGGAGGGGAGACCUGCACUUUAGGAAAAUUGCUUUGACUGCUGAUUGAAGGAUGAAUAAGAAUAGGAAGAGACCUGAAUCUGGGAGAACAACCAGCAAGGAUAUUAUAAAAGUCCAGGCAUGAGAUACUGAAGGGUCUGCUCCAGGGUGAUGGCAGGAUAGAAGAGACUUUGGGGUGGGGGUGAGGAUUCGAGGAGGACCCCUAGGUUUUGGAGGAACUGGGAGGAUUUAUGUUGGUGCUUUCGACAGAAUAGGGGCGUUUGGAAGAGGGGGAGGGGCGGGAAUGGGAAGGCUAAUGAAUUCAGCUUUGAAUUUGCUACGAUUGAGAUGUCCAAGGGACAACCAAUUGGCGGGGGGGGGGGGGGGGGGGUCUACACGCCAGGUGGAGAUCGGAAGAGAAGUCGGGAUGGGAUAAACAGAUAAGGGAGUCAUCUGGGACGACUUGACCGCUGGAGAGGCGCCCAAGAUGGCCCAUAAAGUACAGGCAAAGGGCGCAGAGGCAGGGGCCGAAGUUGGCGCAGCUUCCAGAAGCAAACAGUCAGGACGGCCGCGGCUGUCCCGCCCUAAGGGGUCCGGGCGCUCCUGGAGAUGAAGAUUUGGGGAAAGGAGAGGCAAAUCAGGGCCUAAAAGCCAGGACAUCUGGCAGGACAAAUGGGGAUCCGCAGGGAGGCAGCUGGAGACGAUCCUACCUCUUCCGGCGCCUCAACUAGUAUGGUGCUCGCCAUUGGUCAAAAGGACCGGAGGAGGCGGGACUGCCGGGGAAUUCGAACGCCGGGAGGAACCAGCUCCAGUGGAAGAGGAGUUGGUUUUUGGGCUGGGGGGGGGGUAGUGAAGACGGCGGAGCGGAAGCCUAAGACAUGGCGGUAGCGGCUGCGGCUGUGGCUGCUGCUACAGGUGCUACACGUUGCCAGAUGAGCAAAGGCAGAACCAGCCGUCGCCCCUCUGUGGCACGAGUACGAGUGGCUGUGAGACUUAGGCCCUUUGUGGAAGAGGCCAGCAGCACCAGUGAGAGCUCCUGUGUACGGGGCCUGGACAGCUGUUCCUUGGAGAUUGCCAAUGGGAGAAAUAGUCAGGAGACACUCAAAUACCAGUUUGAUGCCUUCUAUGGGGAAACAAGCACUCAGCAAGACAUCUAUGUUGGCUUUGUCCAGCCCAUCCUUCGCCACUUGAUGAAUGGACAGAAUGCCAGUGUGCUUGCCUAUGGUCCAACAGGCGCAGGGAAAACAUACACAAUGCUAGGCAGCCCAGAGCAGCCUGGCAUUAUCCCUCGGGCCCUUAAAGACCUCUUGCAGCUCACUUGGGAGGAGGGUGCAGAAGGGCGACCCUGGGCCUUUGCUGUCUCCAUGUCCUAUUUGGAAAUCUAUCAAGAGAAGGUAUUGGACCUCCUUGCCCCUGCUUCAGGAGACCUAGUGAUCAGAGAAGACCGAUGGGGGAACAUCCUGAUCCCUGGACUCACCCAAAAACCCAUUGCUUCCUUCACUGACUUUGAACAACAUUUCCUGCCAGCCAGCAGAAAUCGGACUGUGGGAGCUACCCGGCUCAACCAACGGUCCUCCCGAAGCCAUGCUGUGCUCCUGGUUAAAGUGGAACAGCGGGAGCGAAUUGCCCCAUUCCGGCAACGGGAGGGGAAGCUCUAUCUGAUUGACUUGGCUGGUUCAGAGGACAAUCGGCGUACAGGCAACCAGGGCUUGCGGCUAAAGGAGAGUGGCGCCAUCAAUGCCUCCCUCUUUGUGUUGGGCAAGGUGGUAGAUGCAUUGAACCAAGGCCUGCCCCGUGUUCCCUACCGAGACAGCAAGCUUACCAGACUGCUACAGGACUCCCUUGGAGGUUCAGCCCACAGUGUACUCAUUGCUAAUAUUGCUCCAGAGAGGCGCUUCUACCUAGAUACAGUAACAUCACUCAACUUUGCCUCCAGGUCCAAAGAAGUGAUCAACCGGCCUUUCACCCAUAAGAGCCUUCAGCCCCCUGCUUUUAUCCCAGUGAAGCCAGGCCAAAAGGAAUUGAUGGAUCCUCCAGAAGCAAAGCAGACUAGAAGUCAGGAAGAAAUGGAGGACAGGACAAGUAUCCCAGAACUUCUAUCUGGCUGUCCCAAACUCAGCCCUCUGAAGCAGCUGAAUACCCUAGAACCAGCUGUGCAAGAGCGCCUGCUAAACCUGGAUCGAAUUCUAGACUCCCAGGGGAGCCACAGGACUUCAAUCCUAAGCACACCACGAAGAGAACGGACAGCUCUAGAAAAGGCUUUGAAAGAAAAGGACUUGGAGAUUCAGAGGCUCAAGGAAAAGUAUAAAGAGCUAGAGGCCAACAGACAAAGUCAGAAGCCCAAGGAACUGGAGGAAGAGGAGAAUGGCUCCCUGGCCCCACCUUGCCCCCUUCCCUCAAAAACAAUCUCCAUGACCAAACCUCUGAAUAGGGUUGUACCCUUUCGGCUAAUUCAGGAGCAGACAACAUCCCAAAGCAAGGCCCAUAUCCUGCAGAAAGAAAGCCGUAAGAGGAAGCAGCCUGAGCCGAUCUGCGGGCAGCAGGAAGAGCAGCCUGAGAGGCUCUGCACCACCUUGGAACUGCUGCAGGUGCCCCCAGACCUCCUGACCGAGAGCCGCAGGAAGAUCCUAGGCCUGCUCAAUACUGGCUCUGCCAAGGAGCUGCGGAGGCUGCAGCGUAUUGGAGAGAAGAAAGCCCAGCUCAUCGUGGGCUGGCGGGAGCUGCACGGCCCCUUUGCGGAGGUGGAGGACCUGGGGCAGGUGGAAGGCAUCUCUGAGAAGCAGGUGGCCACCUUUGUGAAGGCCAACAUCCUGAGUUUGGCCGCCGAGUGCUUCAGGGCCUUGCCGCUGAAGGAUGCCUGAGCGCCGCUGCUGCUGGUCGCCCCCACCAUCGCUUCCUAGUCCCGCGGAACACCUGGAUUCUGUCCGUGUUUUACCGGGGGGUGGGGGGUGGGGGUGCGGGUUUCUGUAAAUAGAGUGUUUUGUCCAGUC